UGUUUCUAGUCCACAAAUAUCUCGUUUUUCGUGUUUAUUUAAAUUGUAUUUGGAAAUAUGGAGCAGAUCCGAGUUAUGGUUCAGUUGAGAGAUAACAAAUCUGUUGGAGAGCCAGAAAAAUUACAAGAGUCUUAUGCAUCUAAUAGUGACCAAAAUCCGACCCUUCAACAUGGCGGCCAGGUCAGAAUUCUGGACGAGCACAGUCUGCAACUGCUCUACUGCCAAGAUGCAGCCAAUCCCCACCUGCUGAUGGCCCAAAAAUUGCACUGCGAUGUGCUGGACCCACUGGGCGAGAUUCCCCUGCUGCUUAACAAUCUUUUUGUUAGAAGACGAGAUGCCUUCCUUAUGCAUUUGCGAGUGAAACGUGAAUGCCACAUGAUCUUCCUCAUAAACACCCUGGUUCUUGAUGUGAAAACGAAGCUCAAGCGUGAGGGUCUCGAUUUGGAUCGCUGCAUAGUGAAGUUCCGGAAACUUCUGGAGAGGAAAGAUGGCAACAACUUGCAAGCGGAGUGCUCCUUCAACAUCCUUCAUGACCUGACAGAAUGGAUCAUCCAUCACUACAGUAUGCUGUCAGGUCUCAGGACCGGACCAGGUCACGAAGUUCUGGAGGUGGAGUACGUGGUGUCCUCGCAGGAGAGGCACAUCCAGUUCACUGUCCGUCUGUCUGUCCUUCUAGUGGCCAUGGAAGAGCUAAGUGUGACGUCCUUGCAUGGACUUCAUUGCUAUUUUCGUGAUGAGCACUCAACCUCACCGGUUGUGGCCACUGAACUCUUAUCCUUCAUGCUGCACGUUUCCAAAAGAAGUCAUGGACAACUCCCAUACACGGCUGUACUGGUCCAUAUCAUGUCCACCAACUCCCAGGUGGAUGCCCAAAACGCAGAGUUACUCAGCCUAGCCCAUUUUAUUAGUCGGCAGCAUAAAAACCAGCCUGAAAACUUGCCAUCCACUAGUGCCCAAUUGAAUCAGGUGGAGGUCCAACAACAGGAGGUCCAUGAUCGUUUUAAGCUGGUCCAUGACAGUCUAAUGCAGUACAUCCAAAAGGCAGAACAGCUGAAGGGCUAUAGGCAACGAUUCGAUGACCAAUUGGCCCAAUUUGAGAAGCUUCUAAAGCGGACAGCCCAUACCGAAUUUGGCCAUUUUCUACAGGCUUCGCAGGCGAAUCUGGAUCAAAUCAACAAGCGUGUACUCCCUUAAA